GAUACCCUAGAUAUUUUUGCUUUUGGCCGGCCCAAGUUACUGGGGUCAGAUAUUUUGCUAUUUGGUAGACAAAUAAUGUUGAUCAGCAUUAAGUAUUAAUGCAAACGUUAGUAUAUCCAUUACGCUAACUACAAUGAAGGACGGGAAUUCAUUUUCCUCAAUUCAUUCAUGUUAGGGUUUCAAAAACAUUUUUGUUUACUCUUUUUCUUUUCUUGUUUUGGGUUGAGAUUCGCGGCGCCUUCCAACUAAAGUAGCAGAAGGCGAUUCAUAUUUAAGAACCAAGAAAUUGGUCGGUUCUGUUAAAAACUUUGGAGGGAUAUAUUUCAUAAAUUGCCCUCAGAAGAGGUUUUCUCAAUUAUUUAAAAAUUUUUUCUUGGGAGAGGAGGAAAUGGGUGUCCCUGCAUUUUACAGAUGGCUGGCGGACAAAUAUCCGUUGAUCGUGGUGGACGUUGUAGAAGAAGAGCAAAUGGAAAUCAAUGGUGUCGCCGUUCCAGUUGAUAGCAGUAAGGCAAACCCUAAUAAUAUGGAGUUCGACAAUCUAUACUUGGACAUGAAUGGGAUCAUUCAUCCCUGCUUUCACCCUGAAGAUCGGCCUUCACCAACAACUUAUGAUGAAGUCUUCAAGACCAUGUUCGAUUAUAUAGAUCGGCUCUUUGUGAUGGUACGGCCCAGGAAGCUUUUGUACAUGGCAAUUGAUGGUGUUGCACCAAGAGCUAAGAUGAAUCAACAGCGUUCACGACGUUUCAGAGCUGCAAAAGAUGCAGCUGAUGCGGCUGCAGAAGAGGAAAGAUUAAGAAGAGAGUUUGAAGCGGAGGGUAAGAUUAUACCCCUGAAAGAGAAGUCUGAUACAUGUGACUCAAAUGUUAUCACUCCGGGGACACAAUUUAUGGCUACAUUAUCUGUUGCCCUUCAAUAUUAUAUACACUUGAGAUUAAAUUAUGAUCCUGGUUGGCGAAAAGUCAAGGUCAUCCUGUCUGAUGCAAAUGUUCCGGGUGAAGGUGAGCAUAAAAUCAUGUCAUACAUUCGUGAUCAAAGAAACCUGGCAGGUUUUGAUCCAAAUACUCGACAUUGCCUGUAUGGGUUGGAUGCUGACCUAAUCAUGUUAGGACUCGCUACUCAUGAGAUCCAUUUCUCAAUUUUAAGAGAGGUUGUGUUUAUGCCUGGACAAGAAGACAAAUGCUUUAUAUGUGGUCAGAUGGGUCACUUGGCAGCUGCAUGUGAAGGUAAGCCAAAAAGAAAGCAUGGUGACUUUGAUGAGAAGGGUGGUGAACAGAAUAUUAUUCCUAAAAAGCCCUAUCAGUUUCUUCACAUAUGGACUUUGCGUGAGUAUUUAGAGUAUGACAUGAGGAUUCCAAACCCUCCAUUCCAGGUUGACUUUGAACGGCUUGUGGAUGACUUUGUCUUCAUGUGUUUCUUCGUUGGCAAUGAUUUCCUUCCACACAUGCCUACAUUGGAAAUUCGUGAGGGUGCAAUUAACUUGCUUAUGGCUGUGUACAAGAAAGAGUUCUCGGCAAUGGGUGGCUAUUUGACAGAUGCAGGCGAGGUCAGUUUGGACAGGGUUGAGCAUUUUAUUCAGGCAGUUGGAUCACAUGAGGACAAGAUAUUCAAAAAACGAUCUUAUAUACAUCAGAAACAAAUGGAUAGACGAAAGCGCACAAAGGGUAAGAUGAAUAAUGGAGAUAAUAUGAGACCCAAUGUUGAUCCUGAGUCCAUAAUUCCAAUCAUUCCAUAUAAGGACUCUCGCCUAGCUGGCCCUUCUCAGCGUUCUCCAUAUCAGUCAGAUGUAUCUAAGAGGCCUGCAAAGCUUAGGAGAGUGAAUGAACAAGAUGCAAGUAUUGCAGCAGCAAUUGUCAAUGUUGAAAAGGAAAUUGCUGAUGAAGCCGCAAAGGAACAACAGAAACAAGAGAAUGAGGAAGAACUGAAAUUUAAACUGAAAAAUGUGAUACGUGAGAAGUCAGACCUUUUUAAUUGUGAUAAAACAGAAGCUGACAAGGUUAAACUAGGAGAGAUUGGCUGGAAGGAAAGAUACUAUGCUGGAAAAUUUGAAGUACAUACAGAAGAAGCUCGAGAGCAACUUGUGAAAGAUGUUGUUAGGAAAUAUACAGAAGGGCUUUGCUGGGUGAUGCGAUAUUAUUAUCAAGGAGUGUGCUCAUGGCAAUGGUAUUAUCCAUACCACUAUGCUCCCUUUGCCUCUGAUCUCAAAGACCUCGAUCAGUUAAAGAUUGACUUUCAUCUUGGAAACCCAUUCAAGCCACUCAAUCAGUUAAUGGGAGUCCUUCCAGCUGCAAGCUCAAAUGCACUUCCUCAGCAGUACAGGCAACUAAUGACUGAUCCAAAAUCGCCUAUAAUCGACUUUUAUCCUGUUGAUUUUGAAGUCGACAUGAAUGGAAAGCGCUAUGCAUGGCAGGGUGUUGCUAAAUUGCCUUUCAUUGAUGAGGACCGUCUUCUUGCAGAAAUCAGCAAGGUUGAAGGCACAUUAACGGAAGAAGAGAAACUAAGAAAUAUGGUUAGGUUUGACUUGCUUUUUGUGACUAUAAGUCACCGUUUAGCCCCAUCUAUUUUUUCUUUUUAUGACCGUUACAGGCAUCUUAUGGGCGAGGAGAGAGCUAACAUCAAGGAAAUGGUUGAUCCUGAUGCAAGCGGUGGAUUGAAUGGAUAUUUUUCUCUGUGUAAUGGGGAUGCUUGUCCCCCAAUUUUCACUUCGCCUAUUCAGGAGAUGGAAAAUAUCAUAAACAAUCAAGUGCUGUCAGUUAUUUACAAGUGCCCUCAACCACACAAGCAUAUAACAAGACUACCUGAUGGUGUUGUCAUGCCCAAGAAGACUGUGAAUGAGCAGGAUGUGAAGAGUCAAUCAGGUUUGUGGCAUGAAGAAAAUUUUGACAGAAGUCGCUUCCAAGAAAGGGCACCUGUUCGUGGAGCUAUAUCAGGGCCUCAUCUUGGAGCGGCAGCUCAUCGUCUUCUUGCCAACAGUCUACAGCUGCGGAAUAAUGACUCAGAAAGAUCUUUCUCACCCCAUGAGAGUUCAAGUCAUUGGAUGAAUUCAAGGUCCACCCCAGCUGGUCCUCAAGGGUAUGAACGAGGUUUUGCUUCUUCUCGUUCUCAGGUUUCUAAUGGUCAAAUGUAUAAUGGCAGCAUGAAUUUUCAUCAGAAUAGUUAUAGGAAUGGUCAACAUGCAAUACCUGCUGUACCAAUGGAUGAUCAUUUGAGCCCCAGGUCUGUCCCAAAUAGUUAUAGAAGUGGUCAGCAUGUAAUACCUGCUCUACCAAUGGAUAAUCAUUUGAGCCCCAGGUCUGUCCCAACUGUGCGAAAUGGGAAUUCAAGUUUCAUCAAUCAAGAUGGUCACAGGACAUAUCAUCAGAGUAAUCAGAGAGCAGAACAGCUUUCAAGGCCUUUUGUACCAGUGAAUAAUUAUUCUAGCUCACGGUUGGUUCCAGUUACUAACUAUGGUGGGUCAAAUGUCUCAGUUGGUGAUGGUCAUAGUCAAGCUAAUUAUCUGGCAACACAUGGUAGAAUAAAUGCUUAUCCAAAUCAGAGAGGUCUGGUAGAAGAUAAUGGUCGCCAACAGUAUCCAAACAGAAAUGUUACUGCACAGCAAUAUUAUCAGCAACCAUAUGCUAAUGGGCUGGAUCGGCACCCAGUGUCAUUGGAGUCGCAGGGAAUUGGAAGAGGGCAUGGUCCUAGUCAUGCAUUUCAAGCCACUCGAUAUGCAUCAUCUAAUAAUGGACGAUAUGCACCCAAUUCAGGAAGGGGAAGAGCUGAUUCAACUCAUUACAUAAACCAUGGUUAUUAUUAAUACCAGUGUUUCUAUGGCACUGUAGUUUUUUCAAAAUUGUAUUUUUUAGAAAAUCUAAAUUCUUUUCCAAGGCCCUAUUGGGAAUUCUUAAUUACUGGCUAAGGCUGGUUUUGUACUAUAAUGGGUCAUUUUGCAUUUAUUGAUGUUCAAAAGAAGAAUUCUUAGUGAGGUUUUAUUAUAAAAGUGUACGAGAGUAUGUGUGGAUUUGAGUUGAGGCCUUGAGCAUCAAAGCAGUAGCAGGCUUCUGAGAAUUCUAAUUUUCUGAGUGAGGUUUUAUAAUGAAAAGUAUUAGAAAUUGUUUGCUUUGA